CUGCAAAUAGGUACUACCCAACCUUGUAUCUAAGGUGUAUCUCACCUCGUCUCGCUUCACGGACGUCCAAGAGCGUUUCGCUACUUAUGCCAUGACCUGACCUUAACCUUGACCUUGACCGCCACCGUCGAAAUAGGUUGAGCGAACUCUUUUUUUUUUUUCUCCUCUUUCCUCUUCCUUCGCUUCUCUGCGUCUGUUUUUCAGCUCUGGUUACCCCAUGAAGGGUCCUGUCCAACUCCGUCAUCCACCGUAUCCGCCCAUCUCCCACUCUCCAUCGUCUCCUCUGCCUCUCUUCCCACUCGGCAUCCCAUGCAUACAUACUUAGGUGUUCCGCGGGCGUAGAUAGUCCGAGACAAGAUUGCCCACGCAAGCGCCGCCGCUCGAUGCCGCCGCCAUGGAUGCAUUCCUAUCCAAGUUAUCUUACCACGCCACCAGCUAUGCAAUCCGGUCAUGCCUUGCCUUGACUUCCACUUACGUGAUCCAGCAAGGGUCGCGAUUACUCCAGACCGUUGACGAUGACCCCCUGCGCGCCGAGUUGAGUCACCUACAACGUCGCCUAGCUCGCAAGAUAGAGCUCGUCUCCCCCAUACUAGAGUCCAUCGAGUUCCGCUACACGCGAGGAAAUUCGGCUUUGGAGGCCGUGGUGCGAACAACACAGGAAAUCCGCAAUAACGUGGACUCUCUGGGGGACCGCCUUGAGGCCGCCACUGUAGCCGACGGUCCCGGGAAUGAUGGCAGGGUUAGGACCUCUCCUACUUCCGCUGCUGCACGACGGGCCGAGAUUCAGAGCAUAAUCGCGGAUAUCAAACAGCUCAUUGUCGAUAUCGAUGACUCUAUACCGCUUAUCAACCUCUGGGUGUCUGCCAUAGGAGGCAUCCAGGCACAGGCUUCGGCGUUUUCACCCUCGCGAUUGUUACAAGCGAGUAUGCUGGUAAAUGUUGGCGACACCCAAUUCAUCCUUGAUCCGCGCCGACCCAUGCAGAUCGGUCCAGACUUCACUCUGUCUCUCUACAUGCUCUUCGGUGCGCAUGCUUCUAGCGAUCCGGGGGAUCAGUAUGGCGUAGAAGAUGGUCAGCGGAAGCCGGUAUGGCAGGAGGCAAUACAUAGGGCUCGCGUGAGACUCUAUCGAGUGCCGGAGGAGUGUGACGUCCCUAGCACGGUUAGCCGGCUACAAGGCAACCUCUCGCACGUCAGCUAUGCGUACCAGCUUCAGAUAGUCGAGGAUCUAGAUGACGGGCGUGUGCAUACUUCUGAGGAUAAUCAUGCUCGGCCGGGUCCCUACGAUGGCGUUCCCCUCGCUGGGAUACGAGAAUUCGUUCCGGUUCGUCAAAUAUCGAAGAUGUUUUACGCCGAUGUCGGCAGAAUCCUAAACAUAAAUAACGAGGAGGGCGCGUCAAGCAAUCCCGUGCUAUUGCUUAAGAGAGAUGUGAAAGCAUCGCCCCUGCAUAGGGCACAAGCCCACGAUGUAGGUCAAGACGACCGCCCACAUCUCAUCGAAGCCGCGGACGAGAGCAGCGUUCUGUCAGAUAGGACGCUACCAGAAGGAGAUUCGCAGGACGAAAUUGACCACCAACUCAGUGUAGAAAGCGGAGGCGCUAAGACGACGCGUCCUACUCCUACGAGGACAUCACCUGAGACAUUCCGGUCGAUGGCUGCAGCUGAUUCCUGGAAGCUUCCGCCAGAUCUAGACCCUGAAUGGAUAGCACUGGAAGUAUUCGAAAUAGACGACGACGAUGACGACGACGGCAGCGAUGAUGCGACGGACGACGAUGAAAAUCAUAUGCAAGAAGGGGAUGGCGGCGAAGGCCAUUCGAGCCCUCCAUCCCGUCCUCGUCGCCUGGGGGCUCCCUCGCGACCGUCCGCCGAUACCAAUCUAGUCACGCAGCUCCAACGAAUGAGCAUCGCCUCGCGUCCGUCCUCGAGCAGCUCCGAAGUCCCUGACUCGGACCUCAAGUGUUUUAGCACCAACGAGAGCUCGCUUCUUGAGCGUUCCCCCUUUGGAGCUAUCCACACGUCGCUCUCGCUCCUCGAGAUGAUGCUGCGCCUCGCCAGCCUCCAAGAAUUCGAGCAGAUCACACACCUCUCUAUCCCGGAUCACGUGCUCCGAUUCUACCUCGACGAAUCGAACUCGCGAGCGGAUGCGGAUGCGGCGCCCGUGCAUCAUCACCGUGGUGGCGGGAACCGAGGUUGAGCAGCCGAUCUUGGGGAGCCGAGCGCAACAGGUUGCGCUUGGGGUAAUGCUGAAUAGGAAGAAAUAAAGAGAGUAGAAUUAUUCCAGCAUUGUCGGAGUUCCCUCGGUUGAUUUAGAUAAUACCUACACAACGACUAGCACUUAUACAUAGAUACGACCUGACGGGCCAUGCAGCGGGGCCGACAAUAUGAUGGUACGGUCCAGGACGGAUUGGAUUUGGAAGAACUCUUCUGGAGACCGGCAUGGUAGACAAGGUAUCACAUGGCAUAUGGCGUUCACGGGCGACUUCGGAAAAGGACAGACGGUCAUGGCAAUGGGGAUUACGAGUUAAUACGGCAAUACUAAUACCAAUUCCGGCCUGAAGAGAAGCAGUCGAGCAUCACAUCUUCUUGCGGGAGAGAAGGUCCUAGUAGUACUCAUGUUGUCGUAUUCGCGUUUCCUAUCCUGCCUAGCCUGGUACAUAGGCAUAAGUACGUGACUGACUG